UUGGGUUCAAACUGGACAGAACUAAACAGUCUGAAGCGUUUUGCAAUCCUAUAUAUGAAGGAAACGUCUAUAUGUUUAAAAACUAAUAAAUGAGUUACGCAUUAUUUUUAACUCAUUUUGUGUUGUGCAUUUUUUUUCUUCAUGAUAUAAAACAAAAGAAUUCCGGUUUUUUGGAAUGUUUCCAAUCGAGUACGCUUCUUGGAUAGAUCUUGUGCUUGAUCACUAUGUCUUUAGUGUAAUAAUAAGUGUAUUUUUAGUGGCUACUACUUUUAUUAUUUCAAAAAUGAAUAAACAUUCUGACAAUUGCUUAAAUAUAUGCUCUUCUGAUCCAAAGUCGACCAAUGAGUGUGAUAAUUCGGAUGCAACUGCAAUAUCGUCUCUGGCAAGGUCUCCAGCGAUAAUAGCUGAAAAAGUAAUUGAAGCAAACAUGACCGAAGAACAAAAGAGGCUAGAACAAGAAGUGAAGAAGAAACAACUGGCCCAAAUAUAUGAACUGAUGCAGCAACAAAGUGAUAAAUUUGGAAAUAUUAGUAUGACUGAAGUGGAGGAACAAAUGAAGUUAUAUCAAUGAGAAUCUCUGUUUUUUUAUUUUGUAACAUAUAAGAUAUUUGCUUGCUAACAGUUUUUUUUUUAGCAUUUUGUUAUUACUAGUCAUAACCGUAUUUUAUAUCUUGUAUUUAUUUUAUAUUUGUAAUAGUAAAAAUAAAAUGAAGAUUUUUCUUU